AUGAAUCGAUCAGGCUCUCUCGCCUACCAUCUGCCACCGUGUGAUGCUGAGCGUAGAAGAAUCCAGGAAUUAUCUAGGUACUAUUGUACCCUGGAUCGACCACCAUGCCCAAAUUCAAAGAAUGGCCAUGACGGUGACAAGAGCGAGGCUCCAAAGGGUGAUGAACAACCAACUGGUGCGAUCUUGUCCGCCGAUAUCACACUCACAGCAUUAGCGCAACUCGGUGUACUUCGUAUGGGAUGCGAACGCUCUUUUGUAUCGAUCAUUGAUGGCGAUAAUCAACACAUCAUCGCGGAAGCCACUGCUUCAAUCUCGAUUCGGAAUAUAGAUCAACACCUCCCCGACGAUGGAAUCUACCUUGGUGCCCGGACGCUCGACUUGGUUUGGGGAGUCUGUCCUCAUACUGUUGGCCUCUUCACCGGCCAGGACCUUUCAUCCAUUAUCGACACACCCAACGUGACUGCCAACCAGACUCGAUACAUCAUUCGCGAUUUCACCAAGGAGGACUGUUUCAAGGAUCGACCUUAUGUUCGGGAGUGGCCAUACAUGCGGUUCUAUGCAGAAGUGCCUUUGUACAGUCCCUCUGGAUAUGUACUUGGGUCAUUCUGCGUUGUCGACAAUAAACCACGGGACGAAUUUGGGGAUGCGGAUGUCGACACUUUGCAGGAGUUAUCCGAUGCCAUUGCACACCAUCUUGAAAAUACCCGGAUCGUGCACUAUCAUAGCCGCGCUGAACGACUCGUCAAAGGAUUAACGACUUUCGUCAAGGAUUACGCCGACUUCGAUCCACGGGAGGCUUCGAGUAAUCAUCUGAUUCAAUCGACUACACAAGCUGCCAAUGCUGGGGAAUUAAUCGGUGGCGAACAGAGACCAGCGGAUUCGUCCCCAGUAGGAGCAAGUACCAGCAGUACUGUUCUUUCCAGUCCAUUUGAAGAGCCCUCGCCGAUGUUUUUCACUGGUCCAGCUUCGGGGAGCACUGAUCUCUCGUCCAUGAACUCCAAUCUGUCAGAUCGCCAGUUCCCAAGCCCUGGCGAAGAAAAAUCACUUUAUGAGGUCUUGAACUCUGGAGCCAUAGCUGCUAACUCUGUUCCUGAGAAUACUUCUGCGGUAUCAUUGACAGACAGUAUACCCUUGUCCGAUCGCAUCGGAACGAUAUUUAGUCGCGCGAGUGUUCUCUUAAAACAGUCCAUGAAUCUUGACGGUGUCACAUUUCUGGAUGCAAGCCGGACAAACCCUUCUUUUCUCCCCUCUGCUCAGCAAGAUGGCUGGGAACCCCUGCCGAAAUCCGCCACCACGCCUUCAUUCCCAGCAGGCCCACUUUCGAGUCCGAUGAGCCCCUUGACCAAUGCAACAAAUGAGCCGAAAACGCCAUGUCAGGUUUUGGGAUCAUCUUUGAGAAAGUCUCCAGUACAGGGUCUUGACAAGGAUGAUCAGCUAGUAGUUCCGGAACACUUACUCGAUACAUUGGUCACGCAUUUUCCACAGGGACAAAUUUUCAACCUCGCUGAGCAGAAUGAUGCGGAUGAUUAUUGGGGUCAAGAUGGCAGCAAUAUUGACACCGAGGACCCGUCAAAGAAUUUCGAAAAGAUCUCCCUAAGCCUGGCCAAAAUCAUUCCCAGUGCCAAAUCAGUUUUGUUCUUCCCCUUGUGGGAUUAUCAUAAAUCACGAUGGAUGGCAGGAACUCUUGUAUGGACUCGGGAUAGUCGUCGACCACUUGAAAUGGAAGAGCUGCACUAUUUCAAGGUCUUUGGGGACUCUAUCGUAUCUGAGAUUUCUCGAGUACACUGGAGUACGACAGAAAAGUCAAAGUUCGACUUCAUCUCAUCUGUUAGUCAUGAGCUCCGCUCGCCAUUACAUGGCAUACUCGCCAGCGCUGAGUUACUGCACUCCACCCCUCUCUUACCUGCCCAAGAGGAGAUGGUCAAGAUGAUCGAAUCGUCUGGACUUACCUUGCUUGACACCACUGAUCACCUUUUGGACUUUUGCAAGAUCAACAAUCUGACGCAAACGAAGACCAAUCGGAAGAAACGCAGUAAAGCUGAACAGUCGAGUCUAGUCUCUGACUUCUACCUCGACCAGCUUAUCGAAGAGGUCACGGAUAUUCUGUAUACUGGGCAAAAGGUCCAGAUCAUCGGUACUGGGGAUAUUAAUGAUGCAUCUUCCCAAGGCUCUAUCCACGACGAUACAGAGAUGUCCGUUGUGGUGCGUGUUGAGCAGUCUCAGCACUGGAAUGUUCGUUCUCAGGCUGGAGCUUGGCGAAGAAUUGUAAUGAAUCUGCUUGGAAACUCCAUCAAGUGGACCAAGAAAGGCUUUGUGGAAGUUUCACUCUCGCGAUCUCGACGCUUGUCCGAUACACAAUCCUUUAUUGCCCAACUUACUUUAACUGACACGGGUAGCGGCAUUGCGCCUGACUUCUUAAGGCACAAGCUGUUUUCGCCUUUCACGCAGGAGGACUCCCUUGCUGAAGGUGUUGGACUCGGUCUCAGCAUUGUACGCCUUCUAGUAGCUUCGCUUGAUGGACAUAUCAAUGUGAAGAGUGAACUCGGUGUCGGAACACAGGUCGAUGUCUUCAUUCCGGUGCAAUAUGUCUCAGCUCCUGCAGAGAGCAAUCACCAGGAUUUUCCGGAUCCCUCCCAAGAUCCCUCCCCGCGCCGUCAGGCCUGUUUGGUUGCUUUUAAUGAAUAUCCAGACUUAAAAGAAACGCCAACGGGUCUUUUGACAGCCGAAGCAAAACGCAAAUUAUCUAUUCAGAGUACCCUGGCUGAUAUCUUUAUGUCUCGAUUUGGGUUGGGUGUCUCCCUGGCUGAGUCUCUGGAUAAAAUACAGGGUGAUGUUGACAUUGCUGUGAUUGAAGAGGAGACACUGCAAACUGAGAUCAGUGACCGUCACUCAUUGGAGGGUCUUGCAUCGACUUAUGGUGUAAAAUUCUUUAUUGUUCUUGGGAACAAGUUUUCCAUUCUUGACGAUGCCGUUGGAUCUAACUUUGUUCGCGUGUCGCAACCAUUCGCACCACGGAAGAUCCAAGGAGCCGUACAAAAAGCUUUGGAGUUUCUCAAAUCUCCCAAUAGGAGUGAACUCAUUCCUCAACCGGACCCUAUUCCCUCUGAGAAGACCCUUCCAAUUCGUCAACCCACUGAAUCAGAUACGAAGGAAGAAGACGAAAUGACUCCAAAGUCCCCUAUAGUUGAACUAACCUCGCCUCCUCUCGAAAUCACACAACCAUCUUCAUCAACACAAACAAAGACCCUCAACGUCCUUGUUGUCGACGAUAACAACAUCAACCUCAAGAUCAUGGCAACAUUCAUGCGAAAGAUCGGGUGCACAUAUGACACAGCAUCAAACGGUCUCAUCGCUCUGGAAAAAUACAUGGCCUCCACAAAGCCAUACGACUACGUUCUAAUGGGCAAGUUAUACCUCACCUGCGUGGUUUCAGUUUCCCACCUCCUGCUAAUGACAUGCAGAUAUAUCAAUGCCCGUAAUGGAUGGCCUCGUAUCCACCAGUAA